GGCGGAGUCAAUAAAGUUGUAGGGGUUUGACUUUGCGGCGGACAACAUGGCGGCCUCCACGCUAGGCUUGCUGCUGCGGAGCUUCCGGCAGAUGGUUCCUUCAUCAGUUUCAGGUCAAGUUCGAGGUUACUACGUAGACUGGAGAAUGUUGCGUGAUGUGAAGAGGCGGAAAAUGGCCUACGAAUAUGCAGACGAGAGGCUCCGGAUUAAUUCGCUCAGGAAGAACACCAUUUUGCCGAAAAUCCUUCAGGAAGUGGCUGAUGAAGAAAUUGCUGCCCUUCCCCGGGAUAGCUGCCCCGUGCGAAUCAGAAACCGGUGCGUGAUGACAUCCCGGCCACGUGGUGUGAAGCGGCGCUGGAGGCUCAGCCGCAUCGUCUUCCGUCACUUAGCCGACCACGGGCAAAUGUCUGGGGUCCAGCGGGCCAUGUGGUGAUCCGCCCCAGAGCCUACGAGCGUCCAGGGAAAUUGGCUGUGACAAAAGACUUUCCUAAGACAGAAGCCCUUUUCCCAUCUAGCACGGGAGUCUAGUCUGCCUGAUGCCGUUACACUUAAAUUUUCAGUGAAGACAUUUGGGUGGUUCAUCCUUUGGUGAAUUCUCUUUCCCCAAUUCAGUCGUUGGACUGAAUUAAAUAUGCUGUUCUCAUGCAUGGUGCAGAAUAAUAAAAAAUA